AUGAAUCCCCCCAAGAAAGCGGCUGGAAGAGGCCCGGCCCCGAAAAACUACAUGACACUUCAAGAAGGCGUCGAAAUCCCCUCGUCGAUUGUGAACGACAAGCCGGUCAACAAGAACGUCGAAGGCAUCACGGAAAAGAACUACGAACGACAACUGCAGAACUGGGAUGACUUUGUCCAAGCGUAUGGCCCGCGGAGUGUGGACUCUCUUGAGGACCUUAAGGAGUACGUCCUGCGUUUGGGCAUGGCAAUGAGAGCUGGUUUACGGCCAGACCAAAAGCUUGCCGCAAAGGGCAUCAAAUCGUAUUGGAAAAAGUUCACUGCUGGCUACAACCGAGAGCGGGGCACCAUACCAAAAGAUCAUCUCCUAUCCCUCACCCGCCUCAUCGAGCCACGGGGAGCCCUGGGCAAGCUCCUUAAUCUCGUGGCGGACACAGGCCCGAGGCGCCAUGCCACUGCGGAGGUGUUGACCUGGGCAGGAGAGUUCUCCUGGACUCUCGACUGGAAAAUCUUCGCUCGACCAAGACUACGCAUCGACCAUUGGGCCGUUCUCCAGGCAGCAGCAUUUACGGCUGCCCGAAUCUCCGAUUACAUCGAGUCCUCCGCUCGAUACCAGAGCAAUGAUACUACUCUAAUUGUCCUCCGAAACGAGAGCGGGGAGACCGAGUUCGGUUUGCAGUUGACGAAGUGGUUGAAAGGCAAAAGCCAUGAACCCAGCACCUUGCCAAACCCAGAUAUUCACGAGCGUGGCAACUUGGAGCCCCAGCCGCUCUAUACAAACCCCAUCCUUGAGCCGGCCAUCCACAUUCAGUGGCACAAGGACGUCCUCCACUUGCCGGUUUUCUCUGGUUCUAGCGGAAGGAUCAUGACUGCGAAUCUUUUCUCCUCAGAGUUGCGGUCCCUGUUGAUGAGGGCAGGCUUUCCAGACCCUCCAGGGCUUCACUGCUUCCGGGCAGAGGGCCUCACCAACAUUGACGCGAAUCCCACCUACUCAGACAUCCAAAGACAAACGAUGGCGGGCCAUGUAACCAACACCAUUCAGGCACGGUACUACUCAAGCCGGAACCCCGGCAUCGAUAGCCAGGCAGCCUUCAUGCGCACUCAGGCUCGGCUGAUGAACUUGGGGGAGCACUUUCGAAACCUCGAGAUUUCCUGGGAACCAGAACUGUGGCACUCCCUACCGAUAGGGAAGAAAGAACAGCUGGCAAUGACCGAAGAAUAUCGAGAAAUAGAGGCCCAGAUCCGGGGAUCUUCAACGAGCAAACCCGAGCUCCUCAUGGACAUGUUACCGACGGGCCAAAAUGUCAAGGCCGAAGUCAAGGCCGAAGUCAAUACUCCGCCUCCGACCAAGUCAAAAGAUUCACCUCUCGCCCAUCCCGUUCGCAAACUCAGGCGUAAGCUUGAAAGCCUCGAGAAAAGAGAGUUGAGCUUAUUAUGGGAGGAGACUUCCAAGGGAACGGUGGUUGGCAACAAGCGCACGCCCAACCUGCCAUUGCCACAGAUUAAGGACCAUCUGCACAUAUACCAAUGCACGAAGAAGCAUGUCAAGUACGCAGAGUUCUGCUUCUUCUGCAACCCGUGGCUGUAUGAGCCUGAGGCUUGGGAUCAACACUGCCACGAGCACUUGAUGAAGGACCACAUCCCGAUGGAGCUUUCCUGGGAAAAGGACUCGGGUGCUCAAAACGGCUACACUCGUUCUGCGCGAUGCCCAGACCCGCGCUGCGCGGAGACGUUUCUCGACGGCAACUCCUUCCAGAAUCACCUACAUGACCUCCACCAUGUACCCAAAAAGUUCUUCCUGCCUGUCGAGACGGGGCUCAAGAGGGGGAUGGAUGAUGCCACCCAAGAGGAAAUCCCAGCCAAGAAGACAAAGCUGGAAGAGGCACCGGUCGAGACGCGUUUCGUCUUUCAAUACUGUAAUAGUACGGACACGGCCACUGCCGCCAACUGA